AAAUCAAAACUGUCAUGGAGAGCCUGAAUCAAAAAGAGCAGCAGCUGAGUUUGAGAAGGCCAGUCGCAGAGGAGACACAGAGAGAGCUGGAGGAGAAGCACGCCAAAUAUGAAGAACUGAGGAAGAAAGUUUCGGGUCUCAAAGAUGAAGAGGCCAACCUGACGAAAUCCAUCGAGCGCUCGCUCAGGGCGACAAGAAGACUCCAAAAAACUACGGCUGAGCAGAAGAAUGAAUUGCAGACGAAGCGUGACGCAGCUUUGGAGCAGCUGAGAGACCACACAGAGGUUUUGAAGCUGCUAGAGAGAGACAUUUAUGAGGUCGACAGAAAGCUUGAGCUUGUGAAUGCAGAAAAUGGCAGGUUGAAAUUAUGCAAUGCACGGAUCAAAGCAGAUAUUUCCACCAUGAACUCGGAGGCGGAAAAGCACAAGUCAACAACAAUCAAAAUUCUGCAGGACUUGGCAAUCCUUCGCGAGCUUCUUCUGAAGGCAUGGUCAGAGGACAGUUACAUUCAAAAGGAAUUUGUGGAGACUGAGCAGGAAAUUCUGAGGGCAAUGGCAAAUUUAAUAGCAAAAGUUCAGCACAGAGAGCAAAAGGUUGACAGCAUUAGCAACAGGCUUCAAAGUAACUUGGAUGGACUGGAUUCUUUACUAGGAAGUCAAUCUGUCGUGAAUCCCUGAUACUUCCAGAAGAUAUCAGGACGCGCAAGGUACGUAUUAGCUUAAUAUCCCCGAUACGCGCAACCAGGACACACGCUGAUGUAACUAGGAUACAUUUACCAGCUGCAAGCUUUGCGAGCCAUGAGAAGGGGAUGUGUUAGGGUCUGAUACAAAAAGUCCUUGAUCUCCUUCAGUGAUGCAGGUAUCACUUGUGCUAGCUGGGGUUUAUUUUUGCAUUGUGUUGCCUCUUUAGAGCCAGAUGUUUCAACAGGGAGGCCUGCUGUCCUUGCAUAGAAAUGCCAUUCCCGGGAGGUUGGGGACUUCUCUAAAUAUGGCCCCUAGACCUGUUGGUUUGGUGUCCUGUUAUCAGGGAUCCUGUUUUUCUCUGAUUUAAAAAAAAAAAUCACAAAUUCUUUGAUGGAAAAAACCUCAACAUUUGUGAUUUUAAAAUGAAAAACCACUAAUAUCUUUAUUGAUCUAUUUACAGUUUGGAAGCC